AUGGAUUACUCCAAAGACCCUGUGAUUGAACACCCGCCCAGCUAUCCCGAUGUUUACAAUAUCGACACCGACCGGGAAGCCUGGGGAGGUGUAGCACCACCUCUCCAGACCUGGGGCAGUACAGACAAAGUCGCUGCAAAACCGACCUUCAAACAGCGCGUGCGUCGCGUCUUCACCAACCCUCGAACAUGGACUCGCAAGAAGCAGUGGAUUGUUGGGAUUCUCCUCCUUCUGCUCCUCAUCAUCAUCAUUGCCGUCCCUGCGGGUGUGGCGGCUGGCACCAGGUCCCGCACUUGCGAAUGUCCCGGCUGGACUUCAGGUGAUGGUACCAUUUUCGGGCCGACAUAUUAUAAUUGCGAUUCAGAUGGAAACGACUUGACUACUGGGAAGAGCAGUGAGGAUGCCUGUGGCGUUUGA